AUGGAGUAUGAGAAUCUCUGGAGCGAGGCUGCAGAAUUACUGCUUGGCAACUCGGUCAUUAUGGCAAUCUCAAAAUCCAGGGAGUUGGACAGUAACCAGGAUGGUCAUGUGGACAUCCGUGAGUUGCGCCAGGGACUGGCCCCGCUGGGCGGGGGCGACCCGGACCGCGACGCCCAACAGGGCAUCUUCCCUGAGGGUGAUGCUGUCCCAGAUGGCGGCCUUGACCUGGAGGAGUUUAUCCUCUACCUGCAGGAGCAGGAGCGGCGCCUCCUACUCCUGUUCCACGGUCUGGACCGCGAUCAGCAUGGUCAGAUCGACGUCUCUGAGAUCCAGCAGAGUUUCCGAGCCCUGGGCACUUUCAUCUAG